AACCGUUAAUUUUGGCGACAGAAUAGGUAGAGUCAUCUUCACUAAUGAUCUGUACAAAAUCAUAAUAUCUCUUCUCGAUGAACAAAUCAUACAAAAAUAUCUCUUCUGACUUCUCAAAAUAUAAAGAGAACUCCAAACAUCUCUCACUAGUCACUCACUCCGUUACCUUGAUCAGCUUACUCACUGUCACCAAGGUUGUUCAACAAGUAGAAAAAUGUUGUCUCUUGCACUCUGCAACUCAAACCCACAGUUUCAUCUCCACUCUUACAACAAGAAUAAUCUCUCUAAUUCUCAGUUGAUUAGAUCACAACACCAACCAAAACAAAAUCUAAAACUAGGGUUACCCUUUUCUUCUUCUUCUUCUUCUUCUUCAUUUUCACUAAAUCACAACCAGAAUCCCCUUAAAUUUAACAAUCAGAUGACGAGAAAGAGAAAUGGAAAAUCACUUGGAGCAGUUUGUUACCAGUCAACUGCUUCAUUGUUGGCUCCUCCAAACCUUCAAUGGGCUUGUGUGAUUGCUUCAGCUGUUUUAAUGGUUGUAAAAGGAACUGCAAUUCCAAAAUCAGUUCUUGUUCCUUUGUUUAUCUUACAAGCACCUAGGGAGAUCUUUAAUUGGAUCAAGGGUGAAUAUGGUGUUUGGACAAUUUUCUUGGCUCUUGCCGUUAAACUGUUUUAUUAUAUUCCAUCACAAUUGGAAUUACCGCUUUAUGCAAUGUUGUUUGUGAUUGUUUCUCCUUAUCAAGUAGCUGAUCUAAGAGGAACCGAAGCUGGUUCUCUUAUUUCUCUGUGCAUUGCAGGGUUCUUGGCUUUUCAGCAUUUCAGAGGGGUAGGAGAUGUAAAGAAAGGAUUUGAGCAAAAUUCUAUUCUUGCUACUGUUGGUAUUAUCUGUAUUACUCUUGCUCCAUUGUUGCUUUUGGUUGGAUCAAGAGUAUGAAUGAAUCUGUCUGUGGUGAAAGAUUUUAGGAAUAAAACCGAGACUGUGUAACGUAGUUUUGUUUGUAACUGAAGUAGAAUAAAGUUGUGUUACACUAACUAGAAAAAGAAAAAACAAUGUUUAUUUUGUAACGGUAAUCAUAUGUAAAUCUCUGAGAUCAUCAAUUCUGAAUUCCAUUUUAAGAUUA